AGGGCCCCCUUUCCGAUGGACGGGGCCCACGCCGCCGGCGACUCGCCUGAGGCGUCCUCCUCGGCGUCUUCCACCGGCUCGGCCUCCCGGCGCUCGCGGAAGCACAGGGCGUUUCACCUGCGGCGGCGGCCGCUGUCCGUCCGGGCAGGAGGGGGCGGCGGCGGUGGCAGCGGAAGCAAGGGAGCAACCGGCGACGGCGUGCAGGACCUCGCCCUGCCUCUGGGGAUGUCCUUCGCGGCGGUUCUUGCCCAGGUUUUGAAUAAAAGCAGUGGUUCUGGAAACGGAUUACAACCUGAUUACCUUUCAAAGAUGUGUACCUCCGCGGUGAAGGAGUCUUUAACAAAUAUAUAUGGCGACAGAUUUGACAGUUUCAUGGGAAACUUCGAGAAAUCAUUUGGCAGUACACUGAGGACGCUUCAUCUACUCAAUGAGGCACCUGUCUAUGAGCAAGAUAUCCCUCAAUGUUCUCACGGUGAUGGUAGUCCUGUGACUGAGACCAAAUUGAGUGGCGCUGAAUCACAAGGCCCGAUAUCUGGUGUCCAGCAGAGCCCACUCGUGAAUUCCAUGAAUAAGCAGAUUAUUCUUCAUGCUGGUGUCAAUCAACAACUGGUUCAGCUACCUCGUAGCAGAUCUAGCCCAGAGUGUGAUCAGGACAUUCUUAAUGUAUUUGAGAGAUCUCUGAAUGAGCAAGUUCGUUCAAAUGAGCUCAAAGAACUUGAAAUAGGACUUAAUAUGAGAAGGUUACAGCUAAAGCAAUCUCAUUUGGCUCUCAGCUCCUACUCACACAUGUUAGAGAAGAUCAAAAUCUCGAUGGGAUUUCAGAAAGCUGCUUUCAGAGAGGAGAAAUUAAAGACUCAAAUGGAAGACACAAGACAUGCAGAAUUUCUCAAGAGGCUUAUAGAUAUGCUUCUUACAGCAGUGGUUUUUAUGUCUGCCUGUUUCGGAUAUGGAACAUAUAUUUAUUCGUAUCAGCGGAUAACCGCUGUUACUGCAGCUUGUGCAGCUGCUUCAAGGGAGUCCAAAUCCUGGUGGAUGCCAAAUUCUGUAUCAACUUUCAACUCAGGAUUGCUAUUUUUCAGAUGUCAUUUGAUUGCAUCAACAAGGAUAUUUUUUGGCAUCUUGAUGGUUCUAUUGAUUGCUUGGUUGAUAUUCCAGCGUUCUGCAAUGACUGGAUCCAACAUGCCAAUAACAUUCAAUCUUGUGUUAUUGGGAGGUGUUUGUGGUUUUGCUGGAAGGUUCUGCGUGGACACACUGGGUGGGGAUGGAAAUAUUUGGCUCAUCUUCUGGGAGAUCCUUUGUGCCAUCCAUUUACUUGGAAACAGUUACCCAUCUCUUCUGCAUCGUGGUCUUCACGGUCCUAUUUCUGUGACACACAGAUCCAAGGCUGUCGGUUUGCCGUAUUGGGUUCGCCGGUACAUAUUUUACGCUGCAGUGGCCUUGAUCCUUCCAUGCCUGGCUGGUUUGUUGCCGUUUGCGUCCCUAUCAGACUGGACGGAACAUGCAGUUGAAUCUAUAAAGUCCAGAUUUACUGGAAGCGACAUUGAGACUUGAAGAGAUUGGAUGUGGUCACUCCCUGGAGUUCUGUCAGGUGAACAACAAUAAGGCACCUGUUUUCUGAAGAUGAAGUUUGUCCCACUGUUGUCCAAGAUGAAGCAUGUCAUUGGGAUAGGAGUCAGUAUAGAAAGAAUGUCAGCUAUGUUUGCCUGGCUUGGUGUCACCUCAGGCCUCACCCAGCCUAAGUUAUUACUUUGUAUUGAAGCUUGAAAUAUCUGAAGAACCAAGUUCUCUCAGGAAUGGUCAAUAUAUCAUGUAAACUAUAGUUGCCUACUUUUUGUGGCUCGGAUGUGUUCAAUAUAAAGUUUUGAUAGU